GUGACGAGCAAUUUCUCCACAAGGCUGGGGCCAUGUACCAGUGGUUUAAAACAGGCUUGUGAAUGCAGGCAAGUUGGGGGUGAAAUUGCACCUGGGGAUGCAUAUGGACGCCUGAGUGCCAUUAUGAUGAAGCAGAUACACCAUGAAGGAAGUGGGUGAGCGUCGCAUGAUUGACGGACCCUGUUCGUCCAUUUCACAUUUUCCUGCAAGCUUGUUGCACCGCUGCUAAAAGGUUGGAGAAUAUUUUUAGUAGAGCUCUGGAAAACAGGCUGGCGGGUUGAAUCGUGGGACAACGAGGCCAAACUGUGUGUGCGGGCUGUUAACCAUGGCUGCUGCUUCUCUGCCAGAAGAUAUUCCCCCCUCUCCCCCCACCCCUUCUCCUCCAGUCUGGUAUGAUACGUAUGCCGAUAAGGAUGAUCCUGAAUCUGAUGGUAGCGACAAGUCUUUUGAGGUGGCGUUUGAUAGUAGGACCAGCUUCUGCCUUAGAGGAGCUGAUGACAUCAACAGUAGUGAUGUUAGUGCGUCUGCGUUAGUAGAGCCCACAGGCUGGGCAGCCGAUGAUGACAUCGAUGGCCUCAGUGCAGCUGUAGCACAGGCCUUGGCUUUGGCAGUCGAUGAUGACCUCAACUCCUGGAAGAAGAUGAGCGACGAAACCAUUUCUUGGAAGAUUGACACCGGUGGCCAUGGGUAUGGGGGGGGUGUCGAUGGUGGUGGCAAUGACGAUUUCCUCUCUGCGGACGAUCAUUCUGACUCUCACCUCCUGCUGGAACAGGAUGUUGCUCCUCCUCACUGCACUGCUAGCUUACAGAGGAGCAUCCUCUCUGCUCCUGUGCAAGCUGGUAAACCAGAUGAUAAUGAUGAUAGUUAUUGGACCGGCAGUGAUGAGACUGUCGGCAAUGAGGACGACUGGCAGUCUGCGGAGGAGAGGGCGAGGGAAUGGGAUCCGGAGAGUUCUUCUGAUUGUGAGUUUGACAGUGAUGAGCAGGAGCAGCAGAGAGAAUACGAGAACAACUAUUUCAAGAAAAUGCUUGCACGCUUACUGGGCGCACUCCGCCCUUAUGGAAUUUGCGACUCACAAGAUGCAUUAUCGAGUCUUGACCAGCAGGAGAGGCCCCAUGAUCAAAAUAUGGUGGCGCCCAAUCCCCAGUCAAUAAGGGGGGAAACCCAAGAGGUGAGUGUUACUUUGACAAAGGUGUGUAGUGACAGCCAAGACGACGGAGAAACCGGGAAGAGGAGAGAAGAGCGUGAAAGACGGGUCUGGGUGUUUAAAAACGGGCGCCGCGCACCAUGCGUCUAUCAUGAUCGUCCCCCAUUGCGUGUAUCGUCAAACCUUGUUGCUGCCCUUGCUGCCACAGCCCAUGGUUAUCAUACAAGUCGAUCGACCAGAGGAUCAAUGGAACAAGCCUCUGCCGUCGACCCAGGCAACUUCAGCUGUGAUGUGUGCAACAGACCCAGGAGAUUCAAGACCAUUGUCAGUCUUAUCCGGCACGCAGAGACUUCGUCCCAGCGAUUCGCCGCCAAGCAUCGCGGAUAUGCACGUGCUCUGUCGUUUGCACUGGAGCAAUGCCAGAAGAUUGGCACGUCUAGCGCUCCUGCGGCUGGUAGCGAUGAUGCUGAUGUGAGUGACGGUAAACCGAAUGCUGAUGCUAGUCAGCCAUCCCAUGAAAUGGAAAAGGAGGCAAGCAAAUGCGGCAGCACUGGACAGGGUGACCAGUCGGAUAAGCAGCAGAAAGAAAGGAGGGAGAAGCGGCACAUUGUGUGGCCUCCAGUGGUUGUCCUCGAGAGCGAUUGUCCAGCACCGCUAAAUGAGAGACCGAGCCAUUUCGUUUUUACUCCCUGGCUGUUAAAGAAGCUUCUCGAGGAUAUGCAUGAAGUUGCGAAGCAGAUGAAAAUAGUGCACGAGGAGGGGGAGGGAAGGCGCACUGCCGGCGUUCUGAUCCAGUUCACAGCCGAUCAUAAUGGCUACCUUGAGGCAGUUUGCUUGGAGGAGCGCUUGAGAGUGAUGGGAGGAGGGCGAGAAGAGGACACGGUUUAUGAGAAUGGCCGUUGUGAAGCAGUUCGUUUGGAGGAGCACUCGCGAUUGACGGCAGGAAAAGAAGGAGAGGACGCGGAUUGGCGUAAUGCAAACAUGACCAAUAUCUCAGGGGGAGACGGGAAGGAGGAGCACAGUGAGCUCCCUGCUGGUCUGUCUUCCAGAGAAUUUAACUGUGUGAAGGAGGGGGAGGGAGAAAGAGAGGAGCCAUCGUCUGAGCCCAUGGCGUCAGAAAGUGAGCAAGGAGGCCAACCGGGUCAGUGCGAUGGAGCUAGUGGUGGUCACGCCCAGAAAAUGGGGACUGAUACGGUUUGCAGUGGAGGACAGCUCUGCUCCGCCGGCAUGAGUGGAAAAGAAUCGCCGCGAGCAGUGGGAGCAGUUCCAGCCAGUGGAACCCCCCCACCAGAUAGUCAUGCCGGAAUGUCAACAACAUCCGUUGAUCUCGCCUCAACCUUACCUUCUUCUCCUUCUCCUAGCGCUCUAUCUGUUGCUGUCGCCUCAACCUUACCUUCUUCUCCUUCUCCUAGCGCUCUUGCUAUCCAUGUUCCUGAGACGGUUACAAAACCCAGUACAGUUUCAGGUGCCAGUGAGGGCCUACGUUGUCUGGUGUCCUCCGGUAAUCCUGAUAGUGAUAACCGCGUUAAUGCUGUUCAUUGCAGCGAAGCUACUGUUGCUUCUUCUACCCCUUCGGAGUCGAGUGUCAUGGUUACAGCAGGUGCAAGUGACUUUGCGCUUGAUGCAUCCAUGAGCACAGUAGGAAACUCUUCAAGUGGAAGAGAAUCAAGCGCUGACGUGCAGGCUGCAAGCCCCUGUCCCGAUCGCCACCCUUGUGGGGUGCCGGGUUUCGUUGACACUGUGAUGGCCGCAGAAGUUGGUGAUAACCCGGAAAAGGGACCUUUUGUGGUCCCCCCUUCAGGCUCUGGCUCCACUUCCCUGCCUGCAGGUGUUAAUAGCGAUCCACUUAGAAGUGUGGAGACACUGGAGAGUCCACAUGGAGGUCAAUCUAGCAUCACAAAUGCGUUCGGCGAGACUAAUGUUCGACGAGAUGAUUGCGACGAUGUCCUCCCUCGCUCUGCCACAAGGUCCUCAACUACUUCCAGUCAUCCUAAGCAGCAUGACACAGUGCAAGAAGAUAUUCCUUCAUCGUGGAUCUUGUUGCCAAGGAGCAGAAUCAGCGGUUACCUGGCAAAGGUGGAGGAUAUGGAGAAGUAUGAUCCAGAGAGGAUGCUGGUGCAGGGGUGGCACGUUGUGUCGCUGGAAUCUGUCCGAUCGUCUUCUGCUUCAUCCAAGAAGGAGUUAGAGAUGUUGAAAUCCAAGCUUGCGGAGGUAGAGACGGAGAAUCACAGAAUGGCUGAGGAGCUAAUGCUGCUUCGAGGGUCGGCUAACGCAGUCGGACUCACCUUGUCAGAGCAUGAGCCCGACAUUGGAUACCUGUCGAUUCUAUAGAAUAAAAAAUUACAAAAAAAAUAAUAAAAAAUUACCGAAAAUUAAAAAAUGCAAAACUUAUCUGAGCAGUUUGGUAUGCAAGGCAGUCUUGAGAACAGAGAACAGAGAAUGGAGAAUGGAGAAUGGAGAAUGGAGAAUGGAGUACCCCCCUAGAGUGUGUCUGAUGUACAGGUAAAGGGUUCAUAAGCUUCAAAAGCUUCAAAACUGCAAAUCCUCUCCAAUGUAGUAGUAGGAGGGUACGGAACUAAUCCAUUUUCGAACUUCUCUUUCCUUUUCGAGGUUUUCUACGAACACAGUCGGACUCACCUUUUCUAGACCGCGAGCCAGACAUCGGGUACCUGUCGAUGGUUAUGUAGAAUGAAAAUGCGAAACGAGGAUUUUAGGAAAGGGCUUAUCUGAGCAGUUCGAUUUGCAAGGCAGUAUAUGGACUAUUAUGUAGUAUAUAUGUGUUGCAUGCCCCUAGAGUGUCUGAUGUACUAGAAUUCUAGUAAAGCAUUCGAACUUCGAACUUCAAAUCCUAUCUAGUGGAGUAGAAGUUGUAGAACUAGGAACUAAUCCGUUUUCUAACUUUUCUUUCCUUUUUCAAUGAGAAAAGAGCGAGAGGGAAAAAAAAAAAAAAAAAAAAGGCGGGACGUUCAGUGCAUUAUUACUUCACUGUGAAAAGGGUUCUAACUUCUAAUCCUGUCCAAACAGUCCAAUGCAAUAGCAAGCCAUAGGGGACGUAGGUAGUCCGUUUUCUUUCCCUUUUUGAGAUUCAACGAACACAGUCAGACUCACCUUAUCGGAGCAGGAGCCUGACAUUUGAUACCUACCUGCUGACAUUGGAUCCCUUUUUUUAUUUUAUUUUUUGUUUUUAUUUUUAUUUUUAUUUUGCUGUUAAUGGAUGUUUUCCAAUUCUGUAGAAAGCAAAAAUGCAAAACUGAUCGGAGCAGUUCGACUUGCAAGGCAGUAUGGAGUAUGUGCUGCACGGCGCAUGCCCCUAGGGCCCUAGCAUGUCUGAUGUGUACAGUUGAAGGGUUCAAAACUUCAAAAAAUCCUGUUCGGUGCAGUACAGCAGCAUUAGGAGCUUGUCCGUUUUUUUAUUUCCCUUUCCGAGUUUUCAGUGAGAAAAGAGAGAGACAGAAAAGAAGCACGAGUUUUUUAGUACGUCACUGUGGAUUGAACUUGUUUGAGAGUUGAGCGACGAGUACUGCAAUUCCUAUUGCAGUUUGAAAGAACUCGAUUGAACAAUCAAAACCUGUCCUUACUCCCGAUUCAGUGGAGGGGUGCGUGGGUGCGUCUGUGGGGGUGUGGUGUGUGUCUGUGUGUGUUGUGUGUGUGUGUGUGUGUGUGUGUGUGUUGAAACGGGUGGACACUUAUCUUUUUCUUUUUCUUUUUGGUGACUGAGACGACGGCGGGCAUGAAAUGACGUGGAGAACGUGUUGAAAAUGUGUGGUGCUGGAUAUUAGAUUGGGGAGGGGGGGGGGGGGGGGGGGGGGAGGGAGAGGGGGGCGGGGGUGACCAUGUUUAGUACUCGGCUGUUGUUUCGGGAGUUGAGCGAUGAGUAUUGGAAUGGCUAUUGUGACCAAGAGACGACCGAUCUGCAGUUUGAAAGAACUUGAUUGAACAAUCAAAACCUGUCCAGAGU